CGGGCCGGCUCGGCGCUGACUCCGCCGCACGCUGCAGCCGCGGCUGGAAGAUGGCGGGGCACGACUGCGGCGCGCUGCUGGACGAGGAGCUCGCCUCCUUCUUCCUCAACUACCUGGCGGACGCGCAGGGUGCAGCCACUGGGGAGGAGCACCUCUGUGCCGACUUUCCAGAGCUCGACCUCUCGCAGCUGGACGCCGCCGACUUCGACUCCGCGGCAUGCUUUGGGGAGCUGCAGUGGAGCCCCGAGCACGCGGACACCGAGCCCCCCCAGUACAGCCCCGACGACAGCGAGCUCUUCCAGAUCGACAGCGAGAACGAGGCCCUCCUGGCCGCUCUCACCAAGACCCUGGAUGACAUCCCCGAAGAGGACGUGGAGCUGGCGGCCUUCCCGGGCCUGGACGAGGGGGACGCGCCUUCCCGCCCCUCAGCCUCGCCCGGCCCCUUGUCUGCACCCCCCAGCCCUGCCGCGGGGCGGCUCCUCGCCCCGGUGUCCGAGGUGGACCAGCUGUCCCUGCUGCAGCAGCUCCUCUUGGCCAGCUCCUCCCCCACGCCCACCUCGGACUCCCAGAAGGAGGGGACGGCCUGGCGCCACGCCGGCCUCCGCUCCCGAAGUCAGCGGCCGUGCGUCAAGUUCUGCAACACCCAAGACAGGAAGGCCCCCGCGCCUCGCUGCCAAAGCCGCGACUGUACCGAGCUGCACAGGCACCUGACCUCCGCACCGGCCUGCACCCCGGGCGGGGGCCCCCCGCCGCGUCCGCCGAGCCCCCGGCCCCUCGCCGGGGGGGACGAGGAGCCCGGGGAGGACCGUCCACCCCGGCCCGCGGCGGCCUCACCCCGAGACUCCCCGGCCCCCGACGGCGCCCCGGGCCCCCAGGACGCGCGGGCCGUGCUGCAGCUCAUCCGCUACAUGCACACCUACUGCCUGCCCCCGCGGAAGCGGCCCCCCCGCCGCCCGCCGCCCGCCCCCCGGCCCUGCGCGCCCCGCCCGCCGCGCCCCCCCGCCGCAGCCUCCUGGGCCGAGUUCUCCAUCCUGAGGGAGCUCCUGUCCCAGGACGUGUCCUGCGACGUCCGCAAGCCCUACCGCCUGGCCACGCUCUACGCCUCCCUGGCGCCCCGACGGAGGCCCGGGGCCUGCAGAGGGCAGGCCGCCCCGGCCCCCCCGCCCCCCGGGGAGGAGGUGAGGGUUGCGGCUUCGCCCCAGAGCUCGGGGCCCGGGCCCAGCCUGCGCCCGCUGAGGCUGGAGACGAAGGCUGACGCCAGCCCGCGCGCCGGGACGCACGCGGAGGAGGAGGACGGCCAAGAGGAGGAGGAGGAGGAGCAGGAGGAGGACGAGGAGGAGGACGAGGAGUGGGACAGGAAGCGGCUGGGCCGAGGCCUGCGGUGGAGCAAGCUGGGCCAGAGGGUGGAGAGCCCCGUGUGCCCCGUGCGGAGGUCCCGGCGGCUGAACCCCGAGCUGGGCCCCUGGCUGACGUGCGCCGCCGCGCCGCCGGCCCCUUCCGACCCCCGAGACGCGCCGCCGCCGUCGUGCGGGGCUUCCGGAACGUUCCGCCCCGGGGAGGCCGGCCUGGGCGGCCCCGCCGCGGACCACAGCGGCCCGCCGCGCCCCGCCCUGGAGCCCUGCGAGAGCGGCUGCGGGGACCCCGACGAGGACCCCGGCUGCCCGCCGCUCCCCUCCACAGACUCGCCCAGGUGCCUCAUGCUGGCAUUGUCACAAAGUGACCCUCUCAGCAAGAAGAGCUUCGAGCAGACCCUGACCGUGGAGCUCUGCGGCACGGCAGGCCUCACCCCGCCCACCACGCCUCCGUACAAGCCCGCAGAGGAGGACCCCUUCAAGCCCGACGUGCGGCACAGCCCGGGGCGGGACGCGGACCCGGCCCCCUCCCCGGCGGCUCUGCAGCCCGCAGCCCCCUCGGGGGUCACCCGCCAGGCGCCCGGCUCCCAGGCUGGCCAGAAGCGCCCCUUCUCCUGCUCCUUCGGAGACCACGACUACUAGGUGCUCAGGCCCGAGGGCGUCCUGCGCGGGAAGGUGCUGAGGUCCCGGGGGCCCUCGGGGCCCCGCGGGGGGAGGCCCGGCGCCGCGACCCCCGGCCCCCCGCCCAGGGACGGCACGCCGCUGCGAGACCACGAGAUCCGAGCCAGCCUCACCAAGCACUUCGGCCUGCUGGGGGCGGCCCUGGACGGCGAGGAGCCCGGCGCGUGCGCGAGCCCCGACUACGCCGCCGGCGACAGCGGCUUCCUCCUGGAGGAGGAGGAGGAGGAGGAGGAGGAGGAGGAGGACUCGGGGGUCAGCCCCCCUUGCUCUGACCACUGCCCCUACCAGAGCCCGCCCAGCAAAGCCGGCCGGACGCCCCGCAGCCGCUCGAGCUCCGGCUCCUCGCCCUGCCGCUCCUGGUCCCCGGACGCCCGAAGGAACGGCAGGUGGGGUGGAGGCGGCCCCUGUCCACUCGGAACCGGAAGCGUCCGGCACGCCAGGAAGCGGCGGGAAAGAGCCAUGGGCGAAGGCCGCGUGGUCUACGUGCGGAAUCUGUCCGGCGACGUGAGCUCGCGAGGGCUGAGGCGGCGCUUGGAGGCGUUUGGGGAGGUCGUGGAGUGCCAGGUGCUGACGAGAAGGGAGAGGGGCGAGAAGCGCGGCCUCGCCGCCUUCCGGUGUUCGGAGCCCGCGCCGCUGUCCCUGCGGCACGGAGCCGCGCCGAGGCGGCGCCACGAGCCCUCCCGGCGGCCGAGCUGCGGAGGACGCCGGCCGGCCCGCUGGCCCAGACACCCCGACUACGACCCCCGCGUGGAAGAGGCCCGCCCGCGCCCGGGAAAGAGCAAGUACGAAGCCAUGGAUUUCGACAGCUUGCUGAGAGAGGCGCAGCAGAGCCUGCACUGACGCAGCCUUAACCUCCGAGGGACACCGCAAUACCUCAGACAAGGCCCUUGCACCGUUUACGCUUUCGGAGGAAGAGUGUGUGAGGAGGAGAGCGCGCGUGCACGCGUGUCGGACCCGCGCGCGGGCGAGCCAGAGGCGUGGACCCGCCGUCCAUCCCUGUCAAGAAAUCAAUGUUUACAUUGCGCAAAGCUGCUGCUGUCUGUGAGUUCCCGUGGCGUGGACGUCCUCCUGU